AUGACUGCUUUGAGUUUCCAAGAAAAAUGUGUGUCAGUAAUCAACGGAGCUCCGAGGUGGGCCGUUUUCUUCCUUUUUGACCUUCUUGACGAUCUUCUCUGCAUCGUUUUCAGAUUCUUGGACGAAGUCAUGGAAGGUAAAUUAGAGUCUUGUCACUGUAAAAUCCCUCAAGAGACAACUGAUUUUGCCGGAUACGAGUUUCUUUCAGACCAUAAACACUUGUCGGAGACUCUUUACCGGAGGAGGAAUAUUUUCCGACAAGCCGGUUUUCUCCGGUUCGCGAAAAAACUCCCUGAGAUCACCAAGAAAAUCGGCAUCGUUACUUUCCUAAGAAAGUUCCUCUUACCCGGGAAAAUGAAGAAAGUCCUUCGUGAAGUUGCAAACCGGUGGUCUGAUUGUGGUUGCAAGACUUGUGUUUCUUGGACCAACACCGAUCAACUCAACGUGAUCGUCAAGCAACCGUCAAUCUCUCAUGAUUUGUUGAUGAGCAACAAACCGGUAGAGAACGUUAUUUUCAUACACGGAUUCUUGUCAUCUUCAUCGUUUUGGACCAACACAAUGUUCAAAUAUCUACCCGAAACCACCGCGAAAACUAACUACAGAUUCUUCGCGGUGGAUCUUCUCGGGUUUGGGGACAGUCCGAAACCGAGGGACAGUCAAUAUUCAUUGAAAGAACAUGUCGAAAUGAUCGAGAAAUCGGUAAUUCUACCAAAUAAUUUGACUUCAUUCCAUGUUGUAGCACACUCCAUGGGAUGCAUAGUUGCAGUAGCCUUAGCUGCGAAAUUCUCCAACAGCGUCAAGUCCAUCGCUUUAGUUGCCCCGCCAUACUUUGCUGAUUCAAAAGGAGGAGCAAGUUGUACUGCUCUUGAUGUAAUCGCCGAGAAGAAACUUUGGCCGCUCACUUCAUUUUUCACGGCGAUGAUGGCUUGGUACGAGCAUAUUGGCCGUGGCAUAUGCUUGGUCGUUUGUAGGCACCACCGUACAUGGGAGAGGAUCAUCAAAGUUGUAACUUGGAGAAGGAAACUACCAACGGCGAUAAUGGAAUUGACUAAGCAUACACAUCAGUCCGCGUGGCACAGCAUGCACAAUGUGAUAUGUGGAGGAGCAAAAUUGACGGACAAUCACCUUGAAACUUUGGUACAUUCAGGUGUCAAAAUCAAUGUGAUGCAAGGAGACAGAGAUGCUAUUGUUCCUAUUGGUUGUCUAUGGAAUAUGAAGGCUAGGUUUCCGGCGAUUGAAGUCGAGGUUAUCCCUGGGACCGAUCAUAAUACGGUCAUAAUGAGUAGGAAAGAGGUCUUUGUUGCAAAACUUGUAACUUUGUGGGCUUCUGAUGAAAAGAAAAAAGACUAA